AUGGUGCACAAAAGUGUUAACGUUGCCCUUUUCGUGUUGUGUGUUUGUGGGUCUAAAGGAUCCAUAGAAGGGUCCGAUCCAAACGUUAUCGUUGAUGUGGUAAAAAAUGUGUCGAAAACAGAAAGGAUUGGGAGAACCUUACAUAAAGAGUGCAACAGUUUAUUGAAUUCCAAAUGUCUGAAAAUUCAUGUGCUAUCGUUUUUAGAAGAUUUAAGCUCUCGUGAUGAACUCCACCUUUUGCCAGGGUUGAGUAUUGUGAAGGAGAAUGGAACAUCAAAUACACCGAACCCUGAUGAAAUGGCAGCGGAACUGUCGCGUCAGUUUCCUGGGAAACCAGAAGAGAAAUUGAACCGUUUUCUUCUAUAUCGACUCCAGGAUUAUUUGGACGGACACUCUUUAAAGUAUAAGCUGUUAGAUCCUCAGACUACCAAAGAGGCUCUUGACGUAGCUAAGGGAAAUGAUGAGUCAACGGGAAGAAAGAAGGGCGGUGGUGGACUUGGAGGAGGCAAGGGGGGUGGUGGUGGUCUGAUAGCUGCUGCGAUGAUGAUGAAAGGUGCUUUAGCCGCAGCGGCACUUGGAGCCCUCGCACUUCUGGCAGGCAAAGCUCUCAUGACAGCCCUCAUGUCUCUUCUCCUCUCUGCUCUCGUUGGUCUGAAGGGCCAUGGUGAACAUAAAUCUACAACCUACGAGAUCAUCACUAAACCAGAAGUAUCCCAUCACCACUCCCACAGCCACGAAGAACACCAUGAGCACGACCACGGUCAUCACGGAGGUUACAGAAGGGCUUACGACUACAACACUUAUAUGCCCUAUGAAGCUACCAGUAGCACUUAA